AUGACUAUUCUCCUACAAGAUCAAAUUGGUGGGCUUCAAUUCCUCCACCAAAAUAAAUGGGUUGACGUGCCUCCCCUACCUGGAGCUCUGGUGGUCAACAUGGGUGACAUGAUGCAGUUAAUCACUAAUGACAAGUUCAAGAGUUUGAAUCAUAGAGUUCUAGCAAAAAGAGAAGGACCAAGGAUUUCUGUGGCAACUUUUUUCAGAACACAUUUUGGGGCAGGGAUGGAUGAUACUAAAGUUUAUGGACCUAUAAAGGAGCUGUUAUCUGAAGAAAAUCUGCAAGUUUACCGGGAAACCACUACUAAUGAAUAUCUCUCAGUCUACUACGAUAGAGGGCUUGAUGGAGGUCCACCAUUGUCACAUUUUAAGAUACAGGGCUAG